AUGUACGACUAAACAGACCAUUGCAUCGACUCCAAGAUGGCGUUAACACGUCUGGCUUGUGUUCUGGUCCUCCUAUCCAUACAUUGUAAGUACACGAUCGUGGCAGUGACGCUAACCACAACAAAUAACAAUCCAUGGGCCAAUGAAUUUGAAUCGAUUGAGCUGUCUUGCCUCAUAACAUCCAUCACGACUCAGGACCCACGAAUAGAAUGGAAAAAGAUCAAGGAUGGCGAACCAAGUUACGUCUACUUUAGAAACCAAGUAAAAGGAGACUUGGAGAACAGGGCAAAACUUCGAGAACCUGCCAGUUUAGUGAUCUUGAAUGCAACACGAUCAGACACUGCGCAAUACCGCUGUGAAGUCACCGCUCCGAACGACUCGAAAUCCGUCGAUGAAAUAUUGAUCAACCUGAUUGUGAGAGUGAAGCCAGUGGUUCCCAAGUGCAUCGUGCCCAAGUCGGUACCCGUGGGCAAGUCUGCAGAGCUCCACUGCCUGGAGGAAGAAGGCUACCCCAAACCACAGUACCAGUGGUUCCGCAACAAAGAGGAGAUCCCUGUCGACCCCAAGAGCAGCCCCAAGUUCUUCAAUUCCUCCUACACCCUGACCACCAGUACGGGAACUCUGAAAUUUAGUGCUGUCAGGAAGGAAGAUGCAGGAGAGUAUUACUGCAGAGCCAAGAAUGAUGCAGGCCAGACAGUAUGUGGUCCACAGAUGAUGGAAGUCUAUGACCUUAAUGUGAUAGUGAUCAUAGUGGCUGUACUGGUGGUGGUGGGGGUUCUGCUGUGUAUAACGGCUGGUAUUUGCUGCGCCUAUAAACGAGGCUACUUCACUAGUCAGAAGCAGACAGGAAACAAUUACAAACCCUCAGCGAAAGGAGAUGGAGUGGACUAUGUCAGAACUGAGGAUGAGGGUGAUUUCCGACACAAAUCCUCAUUUGUCAUAUGAAUGAUGGAAGGAAAUGGAAAGUGAAGGAAGUGUAAACCUUGUGGACAAAAUUCUCCCCU